AUGUUUGCGGUGCCGAAUGAAAGGAGAUGCGGUGUUGAGGAGAUCAAUAGAAAGGGAUGUCCGAAAUACGAUAUAGGAAAGUGGAUCGUGAGAUCCCCUCAGGGCAGCAAGGAGAUUCGCCAGAGAGCAGCUUUAUUAGGAUCUCUGAAUUUAGUUCCUAGCACAGGUCCUCAGAGUAGAAUAUUUGAGGAUGUAGACCGCCGUGCCCAUCUAGUGAAGAAGUUCUCAUGCGGCAGCAGUUUCGAGUUCUCACCACAGCCAGAUUUGCCGGAUGCUAUUUUAUGUUUGCUCGCUCGGGGAAGGUUUUGUGCGCUUAGUUUCCUCUACUGUCUUGGUGGGUUCACCGAAUUGCUUGUAGUCUCGCUCGCAAUUUCAUCCCCCCAUAUGGAGUCGGAAGUCUACUGUUGUGGUUUGAUCUAUGGAUAUCUUGACCGUGUGCUCAAGGAUGCGUUGAGUCAGUGUGGCCUAUUUGCUCCGGUUAUAACCUUCACUUUUGUGCCUCGAAAGGCCGAAACAUCUCCUUCACUUUGCUGUGAUGGUACUGCGCACUUUCCUACCAUACACUUCGUCCAGUCACCUUCAAGUUUCAUUUCCAAGAUUCUCAGACCAAAAUAG